AUAAUGAUUAAUCAGAAAAGAAAAAUCAGGGAUGGGGAAAUCUGACAUUAUGGGAUUACAUACAUGACUGUUUUACUGGAAACGCAUCACGGUGACGCAGACCUGCAGUCUACUGCUCCAGGGGUGAGCUCCUCUCCGUGAGGCAGGAGGUCGGGGAGGUCAAAACAGGGGAGGAUUGAUGGGGUCAAUGAUGGCCCGGUCAGAGCCGCAGUCAUUCACACAGUAUCAGACAGACUGAAGUGAAGUGUGCUGUAUUUGUGACUGUUUUUUUCUCUUCUCCUAUAGUUAUUAUUAUCUUAUAUUAUUAGUCUGGAACUACUGCUACUGCUCCACUGUCUCUAGAAGGAUAUGGGUGAUCUCAGAGGCUGUAGUUACAUAACACACACACACACACACACACACACACACAGGGGAAGAGCGAGGGAGUUAACUUGUGCAGUUUUGGCUUUACUCUUCAACUCUGUGUCAUCGAGUAACUUUGGCUUCAGCACUGGUCAGAUCAGUGUUUGUGUUUAGACAGUGGGUCAAAAUUUACAUUCUAAAUUAUAUUUAAAAAACAACAACAACAACAACAACAACGUUUGAUCAACACCCUGUGAGAGGUGAACCACUGCUGCAGCUGACCCCCUCAACAUUUGAAGUUGAAUUUAUUCAUAUCGCCGCACUCAUAAUUGACAGCGUGUAGUCCGGUGCUGUCACUAAACAGUAAAUAGUUUUUACGUACGUUCUGACUGUUGACGGUCCCCGGCAGACAAAAUAUAAUAGAUAUGUUAUGAAACCUGCAAGACGACAGCACCAUGAGGGCAGACAAACCCAGACUUACUUUUUAUGGUGGAAAACAAACGGAUUAAUAGACGGGCUAAUGGCUCGUCUGUCCACUCGACCCUGCUGUGCGCCGUCACGCCUGACGUCAGAGGCUGCGGAUGACAACAACCGUGAAAGGAGCGGGGGGCCUCGUGCGUUCAGGCGGAGUCCCUUUGUGCGUGUUUGCCCCCCACAAAAAAGAUGACAGGGCUCGCGGGGUGGCUCGCUGCUUGUCUGUGUCCGGCUUUCAUGGAGGCAGGCAGCGAACGGAGCCUGAGAGCAGAAACAGAUGUCAGCCCGGCCUCCGCUGUGGCCGAUUGCAUCAUCGGCAAAAAUGUCCCGAAUUCCAGCUUCCAGGAAAGGUGAUGCACGGAGGAGGGAAACACCAGCCCCGGUGAACGACAUCCUCCUCCAUAGCUGCGGUGACCGGGGGAGCGGCACGAGGUCGACGGGCGGGGAGAAUCUGCAGUGUUUUGAUGUCGCAUUCCUGAAGUUUCUGAAGACUUCAGAGGACUGACCCGAGCGGCAGACAGAGAUCACACCCGUCAUCCCUUCAUCCCUUUUGUCUGACCGCUGACAAACGGGAGGGACUGUGUGGUUUGAAGAGAAGAGGCCCCAGUGUUUGCUUGAAUAUGGCUUUUCUGUGUAUGAGAAAAAGAAAGAGGGAGCAGCUCUGAGGUCAAGGCCGUCCUCCUCUCCCCCUACCACAAGUCACAUGACAGCGUGAGGCACAACCCCCGGGGUCGCAAUCGCUCCUCUGACCGACCUAAAUACUUCUAUACUCACUCAGGGGAGCAACACAGGCUGGAUCACUCAGUUGGAUGUGCAGAAGUGCAAAGAGCCAAGAGAGCUUCUCAUCAAGUCGAGCUGUUAGAUUUCUCCUGCUGGUAUUUUUUUAUCACCCUGAGAAACUGACUGCUUCCCGAACCUGCGGCGGGGGCCACUCCGACCCGGUGAGUGGACCUUAGGCACCUGAACAAGUCCACAGACUUUUCUCUGCAAAAUGCCGGCGAAGACGCCAAUAUACCUGAAAACGACAACUCCGAAGAAGGGAAAGAAGCUGAAGCUUCGUGACGUCCUCUCCGGUGACAUGAUCAGCCCCCCGCUGGGCGACGUGCGUCACAGCGCCCACGUGGGCCCGGAAGGGGAGGGUGACAUGUUUGGAGAUGUGGGUUUCCUCCAGGGGAAGAUGGACAUGCUGCCGUCUCUGAGCCGGACGCAAAACGGCCAUUCGCGCUCGCACAGCGUGGAGAUGUGCCUCGACGACGGCUUCGCCGCGAAGCAGGACUCGCACAACUACGCCUACAACGGCUACCAUUACCAGCACACCUCCACCGGCCUGCUGAAGACCACCAUCUCCAUGCCCGUGUUCAUUGCCCACGAACAGGCGCCGCCCAAACCCCCGCGCCUCCACCUGGACGACCCCUGCCCUCCCUCCCUGGCCCUGCAGCAAAACCACUUCCAGCACCAUCAGCCGCCCACAGAGACGAGCCACAAACAGGUCAACGGCUACGAUCACACGGAAGGCCACGUCCAGCAGCACCCGACUCUGUCGCUCUGUGAGAACGGUGUGGUGGGCCGUCUGGCAUCAGAGCCCUGCCGUGACAUCUCCCUCUCCCCGGCCAUCCGCAGACUGGUCCCGUCCUCGGGCUCCUUCUCAGAGGUCUCCUCUGAGGACUCCAUGUCGGAGACCUGCGGGCCCCUCGACGAGCGCCGCGGGCUCAGUCUGGACUCUGACGCCGGCCUGAGCAACGAAGAUCUGAGGAGUGAACGCAGCGAGUCUCCCUGUGCCGCCUUCCAUCCGGCCGGUCUCACAGCCUCCCCCGGCGUGUCACGGUCGGACUCUAUCGUGGCGUUGGAUCUGGAUCUGGGUCCGUCCAUCCUGGAGGACGUGCUGAGUAUCAUGGACCGCUACAAGGCCACGGACGACCGCUGUGAGCUGUGAAUGGAAAAUAAUGUGAUAUACAGGUGUUUUUUGAUACAUGGUUUAAUAUAUCCAUAAGAAAAAAACUUUCGAGACCAAAGGAGGACAAGGGACGGAGGAAUGGAAAAUGUAGGGUGGAGAACAUUUCUUCUUCGCGACGGAUGACAGCGGAGCUCAAAGGUAAUGACAGACUUCAGGAGCUGAGAGGCAUGUGGACAUUAUUGUGAUGUGCUGGUACGUUGCUGCCCGACACGACGACAGUUAAGGCAACAGGCUGGUCCUUUGGAGCCUUUAUGAAAGAUGAACCCCGGACUCAUAAACAUUCAAACUGCAGGACAACAAAGGCUUGAACGGCUUCAGCAAGACAUUCCCCUUCUCUCUUGACUAAAAUGUCAGCCACUCUCCACAUUGUAUCGUCUGUUGAUCUGACGUACUGAGAGUUGUCUGUUCAUUCUUCUGCUUGUUGGUGGCCCGAUGAGUCAGAUGUAAACGUCUCGACUAUGGGAAAAAAUGGGAGAAAUCUCCAGUGUUGAGUAAUAUUCAGGAUCAGCAGGACUCUAUUGUCCACAGCUACUAACUUACAGUCACGCUAAGCUGAACUGCAAACAUGAAUUUUAUGCUGCUGGUCAUAUUCUGUCCUUAUCAAUUUUUGGCUACCUGAAAUGUCAGUUUUAGAACUCAAAAGGUGUCAGAAGAUGGAAUAUGAAUCCCAUCACUGUUUAACUGCUAUCUGUCAAAGCAAGAUGAAAUGUGAAGGACAGCUCAUCUCACUGUCCUUCUGUAACAGAUGAAAACAUAAGCUUUAGAUUGAGAUCAGCAGCUCCGACGUUUUAAGUGGACGAUUUGUAUCUUCUGAUAAGAGGAAAAGUUUAUCCUUGUAGCUGAUAUAAGGCUUUACGUGUAAGAGAAGUGCUGCUUUGUAGAUCACGAUCAGAUAUUGGUCCUUUGAAAACACACAUCACUCUUCCGUGUUGUGGCUCCCUAACAUUCACUGUCUGUAUUAUCACAGUAGCCUAUUAUUCAAAGGUCAUUUAUGCUGUAUGUAUUUAUCACUGUACAUGUAUGAAUAAAAGGUUCCUAUCAAAUAUG